GCUGCGUUCAUUAGCUCAGUGUGAAAGUGUGUCAGUGGGUUACAUCGACACCGAUGCAGUAGCGCGCUGAAGGAGGAGCCGGUGAUCUGGGUCACAUGGGCCGCAAUGAGGAGCACUUUUACUCGAAACACAACAGUCAGCACAGCGCUACAGAUCUGUCGAGCUGUUUGUUAGUCUCUCCAUUCUCUUCUGUCUGGACGUUCGGGUUUAUUCUUGAACUUCUCUAGAUUGCUCUCUUUUUUUUUAAAGACCAGUCCGGGCGUGCAGCGUUCAUUAACACGCUGAUUUUUGGAAUGAAUUUGGUUUUCCUUAUAAUUUGAAACACAUGGAACAAAUCUGAGUGAGCGGUGCUCGAUAUUUAAUCCAGGGCUAUCUGCUAGUCUGAUAGUCUAAUUAUAUUAAAAAAAAAAAGAAGAAGAUUUAAUUUAGUGACAGAUUAUCUUUUCAUACAAAGAAAGUUUUGCACACCAAAGAAGAUUACCUGAUUCGUGUUGUCCAAAGACAUGGAAUCAGCAAAGGCUGGGGGCGUUAUAGCCUACAUCAGCUCGUCGAGUUCAGCCUCCAGCCCUGAGUCGUGCCACAGCGACAGCUCCAACAGCAGCUACCAAUUUUCAUCCUCUUCGCCUAGCGUGUCCUUUUCCACCCGCCAUGACGGACAGCAGGUCAACCCGGCCAACUUCUCCCAGCCUCAGAGUCACAGCACGACCAAGACGCGCUCGCCGUCCACCACCAAAUCUGGUAUCACCAAGAUCAGUGGCCUGGUCUUGCUGUGUAAAGUGUGUGGAGACGUGGCUUCAGGAUUUCAUUAUGGUGUUCACGCCUGUGAAGGCUGCAAGGGUUUCUUCCGGAGGAGCAUCCAACAGAACAUCCAGUAUAAGAAGUGCCUUAAGAAUGAGAACUGCCCCAUCAUGCGCAUCAACAGGAACCGGUGCCAGCAGUGCCGCUUUAAAAAGUGUCUGCUAGUCGGCAUGUCUAGAGAUGCUGUUCGUUUUGGACGAAUCCCAAAGAGAGAGAAACAGCGCAUGCUGUUAGAGAUGCAGAGCGCCAUGACCAACAUGAUGAACAACAGCCAGCUGCAUGGCAACAAUCCUCAGGUUUCCAGCAGCCUGGCUCAACCUUGCUCGACGAAGCUCGCAUCUGGGGCCACGCCCCACGCUGCCCCUUCUUUCUCCCCUGCCUCUUCACCCCAAAGCAGCCAAUCUGAAUUGAGCAAUGAUCCUGAGCCCUUGCUCGCAAUGGACACGAGCCCAAGCUCUGACUCAUCCAGCGCAACAGACAGUGGCGAAGACGAGGCCGUCGGAACGAGGCCGGGUCACGAAGCCGAACGCAUCGUGGAGGACACGCAAGAGAUCUGGAACCUUCAUAAUAACAUAGUUACAGUAACUCGCCAGCACCCGGGUUUACAAUGCACUUCUCAGGAAACACCACAGGAAGAUAAUGCGCUCAGCCGGUGCCCUGUUCGAGCGAGCAACGGUGCCUCCAAUGGUCAGGUUCAUCUGCUCACCAGUGCUGCCCCGAGUCACGCAUGUUCGGCCUCUGUUAUUGGCCAGUCGCUCCAGGUGCACAACUCCAGUGGAACCUGGGCCAGUGGGAGCUAUGCUGGUUCUGCAUGGAGCGGAGGCAACAGGAUGCAUUUGGUGUGUCCCAUGAACACUUCCCCCUUUGUGGACCCACAUAAAUCAGGCCACGCUAUCUGGGAGGAGUUCUCCAUGAGCUUCACUCCGGCUGUCAGGGAGGUCGUGGAGUUUGCCAAACGCAUCCCUGGCUUCAGGGAGCUGUCCCAGCAUGACCAGAUUAGCCUCCUUAAAGCGGGUACUUUUGAGGUUCUCGUGGUGCGUUUUGCAUCGCUGUUUGACGUGAAGGAACGCACCGUGACCUUUCUGAGUGGAAAGAAGUACAGCGUGGAGAUGCUGUGCUCGAUGGGCGCCGGUGACCUGCUUAACUCUAUGCUGGAUUUCAGCGAGAAGCUGCGUGCUCUGGACCUCAGCGAGGAGGAGAUGAGCCUCUUCACUGCUGUUGUCCUCGUCUCCGCAGACCGUUCAGGCCUGGAGAACUCGAAGUCCGUAGAAGCGCUACAGGAGUCGCUGACCCGCACCCUGCGCAGCCUCAUCACCCAAAGCCACCCGAACGAGAGUGCCAUCUUUACCAAGCUGCUUCUCAAACUGCCUGAGCUACGCUCGCUCAACAACAUGCACUCGGAGCAGCUCCUGGCCUUCAAGGUCCAACCAUGAAAGGCAGUUCUUCUUCUUCUUUAACCAUGCUGUCCUUUGACCACAAGAGUCUUCAGAUUCUGUAUGUACGUUCAUCAAAUCAGAACUUUCCUACCUCACACUGAGGUAGAACGGAGCAACAGGUUAUAUCAAACACAUUGUACUACAAAGAUGUAACGUGUAAUUUUUGCCGUAUAAGCAGAACCUUCUUGAAUUUUUUUUUCUUUUUAAAGUUAAACUGCUUAACUGUCUGUGCAAUAUGUGACUCAUGUUUACUGUUCAUGUUUUAUGGAUCGAGAGAUGCUGCUGUCUACAUUCUUUGAUCCUGUGUACGAUGUAUGGUGGAUGUAGGUACCGUAGAAGAAUGUUUCUUUUACUUAAGUAGUUGGUGCCUAAUUCAUACACACACAGUAUAUACUGUAUACACUGAUCAGACAUAACAUAUUGACCACCUAUUUAAUACUCAGUACAUCCGCUUUUGCCACCAAAACAGCUCUGACCCAUCCAUGCAUUGACAAGACAUACUAGUCUUCUCACGUCACAGUACCAGAUCCUGUAAGUCCUGUAGGUUGUGAGGUAAGACCGCCAUGAAUCAUUUUUACAGCACAUCCCACAAAUGCUUGAAUGGAUUGCGAUCUAAAGACUUUGAGGGCCAAGUCAACACCUCUAUUUCGUUGCAUCCUGGUGCCAACUAUUCAAUGUUACAUUCAAAUGUCACACUUACCCAGUCAGUCACAUGAUGCAAAAGAAAAUGUGAUUUCUCAGCUCAGGCCACCUUCUUCCAUUGCUCUGUGGUCCAGUUCUGAUGCACAUUGUAGGUGCCUUUGGUGGAGGAUACGGGUCAGCAUGGGCACUCUGAUCGGUCUGUGGCUAUACAGCCGCAUAUGCAGCAAACCCCUUUUUAUCACAACCAGCUUUAACCUUUUUCUUAAUUUCAUCUACACUAGCGCUUCUAUUGGAUCGCUUCUAGCUGGCCUGUGGACUACACAGGCCAGCUUCACUACCCAUGUGCAUCAAAGAGCCUUGGCCGCCCAUGAUCUUGUCCCCGGUUUAGCGGUUUUCCUUCUUUGAAUCAAGUUUUAAAGUUGUUCUGAUGCAGUCGUCUAGCUGUCACAAUUUGGCCCUUGUCAAAGUCACUUAAAUCCUCGCGCUUGCACAUUUUAUCUGCUUCCAACAUAUAGACUUUACAGACAGAAGGUUCACUUGCUGCUUAAUGUAUCCCAUUCACUCGCCAUCGUAACGAGAUAAUGAUAUUCACUUCACCUGUCAGUGGUCAUAACGUUAUGGCUGAUCGAUGUAUAUGCACGAUAUAUAUAAAAAGCUAGUACCAGAGAUAAGGUGAAUAAAAAGAAUAUGAAAGAAGCUACUAAAUUAAUGCUUUUUACUAUACUUGGUGAUAAAAUGACGCAGUGUCGCUGAUUUUACGUGCAGAAAGAGAAUAUUUAACAGAUAUAAAUGUAUUUUUAAUAGGUGAGUAGAAUGAUGCUCAUUUUUAGUUUAGCAUAAUGGUGCAGCUAUGUAUAUGUUUUGUGAAUAAUAGGACUAUAUUUGGUAGAAUUGAAUAACAAUAAUAUUAAUAAUUCUAAUUAAUAAUAACAAAAUAAACGCUCUGGCAGUGUUUGUAUAUUACAGGGAUUUAGAAAUAAACUCGCUAAGUUAGUAACCUGGAUGGAAUGUCCAGUAGUUAUCAAUGGGACCCAAUGAAAACAUUCGAAAAAUGCUUUCAGGUCAGACACUCUCUGAUGGAUGAGCCUAUCAGAUUGUAUAUAGAGUCGGCCAAAACAUGGUAUUGGUGCUAGAAAGUGUCUCACCUAUGUGAAAAAGUGAACUUUCUAAUCCAUGCUUGUUUUUUUUUUUGGAAAUAUGCAUACAAAUUAAUAUUUUUAUCAGAUUAAAAGAAACAUAUUUGAUAAAUACAAUUCCAUACUCUUUUAUGUUUUAGUGUCUGUAACCUUUUUUUAAAAUUAAAUCUUUCAAUGAUCUUAACUGUCUUUCACAUGAAAAGACAUAAACCUGAAAAAGUGCUUUAUUCAAAAAUGCAGAAUGGUGAAUUUGACAUGGUUACAGACACUACAGAUUUUUUAAGCUUUUACCAAAAACCAAAUUAAGCAACAUUUUUUUACAGUUCAUAUGCUUUUAAAGGCUUACACCAAUUUUAGUAUCAAUACUCAAAGAAAUAGGAAUAAUGUGCAUUUUAAAUCAUUACUAUUUGAAGCGAGACAGUAUAAUGCUAAAAAAUGCAGCAUUUUUAGGGCAAAUAUAAAACUCCAAAUCUCUCCAAAAUGGCUCAAGUUAGCAACUUUGGAUUGGUGCAGGAUUUGUUACUUCCAUGUUGCAUAAACUUUAGAAAUAGCUUCUUUACCACUUACAUUUUUUGUACCAUAUGUAUACCAUAAAAAUAAUAAAUAAUUAAAAUCAGCACCAAUACUGUGUUUUGGCUGAGUGUGUAUAUAUAUAUAUAUAAGGGCAGGAUCUAUCAGUGCUAACUAUUAGAAAGCAUUUUUUUUCUCUUUUGCUGAGGGGUUAAGCUGAUGUACUGUAUUUUUUGGUUGGAUGGGUGAAAAAUAAAAAACCAGUAAUUCUGUUAUGCCACUCGGGCAUUUGGCAGCCAUAUGUUCACUGGGAGAGAAGGUUUUUUUUUAGUUCUUUUUUUUUUUUAAACUUAAUUUUUUGAUCACCUUAAUGCUAUGAUAAAACCUCUUCACCAACACCAACACCUUGAGGAAAACCUGCUGGAGAAAUAAAUGACGUUGGUCCUUCCAGUACGCUUUCGGAGACAUGAACAAUGUAUGUCACGAUUCAUUGAAGAUGUUCUUUUUUUUUUUCUUUUGGUCAAGUAAAAAUUUUUGGGAUUAGAGUCACUUUUGGAUCAGUCGUCAACACACAAGCAUAUCACAAGACAGGCUGAGAGGGGGAGCUUGGAUCAGUCGCGGGAGAUGGACAAGGUGCCAGAGCAGCACAUAGUCGCGUUACUGACUUGUGUUUCCACUUUACGAGAGGAAUGACUGUGUAAGCUGCUUAGACUUUAGUUUGACUAAGAUAUCAAACUUACCUCAUAAUGAUUGUGAUGUAGUUGACACUUGAUUGUAUUUGCAGUGAAGUGAAUAGCAGUGAUAGUAAAAAUGCUUUUUUAUUAUUUUUUUUAUUUUAUUUCAGUCAUAGCGAACGCAGCUUUGAGUGAUUAAUUUCCUUGUAUUCCUGUGUCCUGACUGCAUUUAAGCUUCCUCUCAGUGUCCAUCUUGAGCAUCUGACAGCAUUGCCAAAAGGUGGUCUGUACUGGAUUUUAUUUGUGAGUGAAAAUACCUAGAUUUAUAUGUGUAAGAUAAAUAUAUAUAUAUAU